CUGUCCAUAAAAGUCUGCUUGGACUCGAUAAGGAAAUUGGGGGUUAGGUAGUGGGUUUUCCUUUAAUUUCCUCAGAAGCGUAGAAAAUUGCAUACCCAUCUUUCAGAAGGUCAUGGAGACAAAGCCAAGGAGUUUUGGGAGCUCUCUGCUUGUGCCUUGUGUUCAAGAGUUGGUUAAGGUGCCUGAGCUCAACGUCCCACCAAGAUAUAUUCGUCCCAACCAAGAUCCACCCAUUAUUUCUAAUGGGGAUUCGGCUCCUGAAAUCCCUGUUAUCGACUUGCAGAGUCUGUUUUCUUCACAAUCCGUGGAUGCUGAAUUGGCCAAACUUCAUUUUGCCUGCAAAGACUGGGGCUUCUUCCAGUUGGUAAACCAUGGAGUAAGCUCUUCAUUAUUAGAGAAGAUGAAGGCAGAGGUUCAGGAUUUCUUCAAUCUCCCGAUGGAAGAGAAGAAAAAGUUCUGGCAGUAUCCCGGAGAAAUUGAGGGAUUCGGACAAGCCUUUGUUGUAUCUGAGGACCAAAAGCUCGAUUGGGGUGACCUGUUCUUCAUGCUUACUCAGCCAGCUCAUUUGAGGAAAUCCCACCUAUUCCCGAAGCUCCCUGUUCCUUUCAGAGAAACCUUGGAAAUGUAUUCAACGGAAGUUAAGAAUCUGACAUCAACCAUCCUAGGUCAGAUGGCAAAAGCUCUAAAUAUCAAAGUUGAGGAGAUGAAAGAAAUAUUUGGAGAUGUUAGGCAAUCGAUGAGAAUGAACUACUACCCACCAUGUCCUCAACCAGAGCAGGUCAUCGGCCUUACCCCUCAUUCUGAUGCCACAGGUCUUACUAUCCUCCUACAGGUCAAUGAUGUUGAAGGUCUCCAGAUAAAGAAAGAUGGGAGAUGGGUUACCGUUAAACCCGUCCCAGAUGCCAUUGUAGUCAAUAUCGGAGACGUUCUAGAGAUUAUAACAAAUGGUGCAUAUCGUAGCAUCGAGCACCGUGCAAUAGUGAACUCAGCGAAAGAAAGACUCUCAAUUGCUGCAUUCCAUGCCCCUGCAAACGAUGGUGAAAUAGGCCCAGCAUCCAGCUUGAUUACUCAAGAAUCACCAGCAUUGUUCAGAAGAAUUGGAGUUCAAGACUACUUCCGGGGCCUUUUUUCUCGUGAGCUUCGGGGAAAAUCUUACCUUGAUAGCUUGAGAAUCGAAUAAAAUCAAGGUUAGAUUUGAUUGAUGUUUAAAGUACAAGAACAUGGUCUUCCCUGCAGGCCUAUUACUAGUAUAUAAAUGAUAUAGUAAUGUGUGUAACCGAAUAUUAGCCUUAAAUUAUGGUUUUGUACUGGAUUAAUCAAAUAUCCAAAGCUUAAACCCCUAAAAAGGUAUGGAAAAUAAGGGAAGGAUUAGUAUAUUUUUACUGAGGAUAAAUCUGUAUCAAAUUUUCCAUACCAUAUUGACUAUGGUAGUCCUCGUGCAAUGAUCCGGAUUAUAUUUCAAGUUCUACUGUCAAUUUCGUUGGCUA